AUUUCUUCCUGCAUUGUGGAGGGCGUUUGCUUUGGGGUUGAGUUUGUAUGUCUCUGUGGAGUGAGUCUAAUUGGAAUGAAACUUUUCGGGGGUUUUUUUGAGAUCGUGUGGUGAAAUUGUAAGGUCAUGGUUUUCAGGAAGUUGGAUUGGAAGUUUUGUAGUGAUAUUUGGGUCUUUUGGGUGUGCAUUGCAAUUGAGGGUUGAAGUUCGGUGAGCGCCGGCAGCUUUCAACUCGAGGCCAGCUUUUGUGCCGGAAUGUGGAUGUUCAAGAUCGAGGGAGCUUGCUGAACAAGGCUGUUACUUUGCGGGGAAUGUUCUCGCCAACCAUCGUGUUACGUGGAAAUUGGGAGCAUGGUUUUUACGUGAAAUGUCUAUUCAUCUGAUUGUUGAAGGAGAAGAACGAAGAGAGAAAAGCCAGAUGCCUACACUGGGAUGCUGGCUCUAACUCGCGCGGAAGAGGAAGGACAACGUUGAGAGACAUGCGAGAAGAUGUUCAAGUGGUUGACUCCCAAGCUCGGGGGAGUCGAGAAUGAUCAGACAGCUGUAGGAUUGCUUAGUCAUGGAUCAACAGUGGUGUCCAGGCCCACAGCUGGAACAAGGAGCCGAUUAAGCGAUAGAUUUGACGUGCUGAAUACCGCAAGUAUGAGUACCUCCACUGCUGUUGGAUCAUGUACUGAGCACGUUGUCCAACGCGGAGAUUGGCUCUAUGAUAUUGGACGACGCCAUAAUGUAGACUUGAGGACCCUUCUAAUCGCGAACCCCAGUCUGAGAAAUCCUGACAGUCUACGUGUGGGCAGCCGGAUAUCAAUACCUAGCGAAAGUGGCUGCUCCACUUCUUCGUCAUCUAGUCAGUCACCUGUUCCAAGAGCUAAAGCAUGCUCUGAGCACAAGGAGUAUUUAACUAGGAGUGCAUUUUCAUCAUUAUUGAUGAGGCCUGAGAUAUUCAGUCUCAGCAAAACUUUUGUACUUUUAGGGCGUGUUUUAGGUGCUAGGAAUCGGGAGCACAAAGUCCUUGAUGGAGAGUCGCUAGUAUGGUUAGCACAGAAGUAUGGGACCACAGUGAAGGAGCUGAAGAGACUUAACAACAUUAAAAACGAUGUUAUUUACUCUGGCAGUAUUUUGCAGAUAGAUCGGCGUAGUGCGGAGCAAGCAGUGCUUGGUCGAAAGGCGAGUGUGCAAGAAAGGAAUGCAUUGGCUGACGGCGUUUUAGGGAACAUCCAGCAACCUCCGAACUGUGUGAAACCAGUAAUAAGUGCGUGUCCUCGAUCGCAGAGGAUGCAGAAAACGUAUCCGAUUCCCAAACUGAAAACUGUUCGUGUUCGAUAUGGAGAUACCUUAGCUGACAUUGCUGCUGGACACGGCCUAAGCUCAGAGGAGCUGCAGCGGUUAAACAACUUGCGCAACGAGAAAAUUUUUGAGGGCGAUGUCUUGGCUGUGUCAGCAGGUCCAUCAUCCAGUGAACUUCUGGAGAUACGGUCAGGAAGACGACGUACCAAUCGGUUACUCUUUUCCAGACAAUGUGCUGGUUUUCUACGAAGGCUAGGAGUUGGAGGUCCAGAACAAACUCUUAAACAUCAACUCACUACCGGCAAUCUGAAACUUGAAGGGCGAUGGAAAAGGAAGCGGAAGGGUUUUCAGCAUACUCAAGAUAAAUGGAUGCGGUUUAGUUCUCCUGUCACAGAGGGUUUUAUUAGCAGUACUUAUGGCUGGCGUUGGGGUGCAUUUCACGAGGGUGUUGAUGUAGCAGCGGAUCAAGGAACUCCAAUUUUGGCAUCAGAUAGAGGCACUGUAAUAUUCGCAGGCUGGAGUGGUGGUUACGGGUAUUUGGUAACCAUUCAGCAUGAAGGGGGUUUUGUAACAAGAUAUGGCCACUGCUGUGCUAUUCAUUCACGUGUUGGCCAGCAAGUGGUGAAGGGACAACAAAUAGCAGCAGUUGGUGCAACAGGACGCGCCACAGGUCCUCAUCUACACUUCGAAGUUCGUAAGAAUGGAGAAGCACUUGACCCUUUAAAAUGGGUUCAAUUAUGAGCUGUAGUCUGGCCAAAAGCUUGCCUUUAGAGUGGGUGGUGUACUUCAUUUAUAGUAAUGGUAAUGACUUUCGAAGUGUAGGAGCUAGGUUUAGAUUCAUGUAGUGCUGUGUUUCGUCCCGCUCAAGUGAAUCUAUGACUGUAUGGUCUUCCAAGAUGAUUCUGCGGGUGCUGUAGUUUGUAGAAAGUUAAGUGGUGUGAGGUGGUGAUGAGCUCGUCUAACUUAAAUUGGAAUGAGGUCGACUUGGCAACAACUAAGGAGCUAUCAUUAGUGUGUCUGUACAAUAUUGGGUGACGUUACUGAUGUCAUGGAAAUCAGAAAUUCUCAUGUUUUUCAAUUUCUGAAACUAAAUUGACGUGUUUUAGGGUUACUUUUGAUACCAUUUAUUUAUGGUUUCAAAAACUUCAAAGCUUCGAAGUUA